GGGAGGGAGGGAGUCAGUCGUGUGGUGGAGGUGCGGCAGACCUACACAUGUUGUGACGCGAGGCGUGGAGGGCGGCCGGUCAGGGUGUACAGGUGUAGCAAGUGUACCAGCCUCCACACACCUCCGCCGCUGCUAUACACUAGUGUCCCCUGGCGGUCCUCGCCGCUCUGCCUUGCCUAAAAUGGCGGUGUUGAGGGUCGGCGCGCGCGGGAUGGGCUAGUGUGACGGAGCAUGUGUCCGCGGCGCCCGCCCGCUCCCGUUCCCCCUGCUGCUGCUGCUGCUGCUGCUGCCGCCGCCGCUGCUGCUGCUGCCGCCGCUGCUGCCGCUGCCGCCGCUGCUGCUCCCUCCGCCGCGCCUCCUCUGCUCAGCCUUCACGGCUGGAGCAGCAGUGACGUGUUUCGCUGUUGUGAAUACUGUGAGUGGCGACAGGUGCGCGAGGUGUAAGCGGGGCGACGGGGGCAGCCGUGGCAGCCAGUGUGACCACUAGCUGCACUGCCACCUUCACCCCCUCCGUCAGCAGGGGCGCCGCCACGUGCAGCGCGCCCUGCCUGCCCACACCCACGCCCGUGGCUGCCAUCAGCUGCAGCAGGGGCGGCCUGAGCCAUGGCCUCCACCGGCCAGGCAAGCGGCACGAACAAGGCUGUCAACGGCGGCCGCUUCGACUUUGAUGACGGUGGGACGUACUGUGGCGGGUGGGAGGACGGCAAGGCCCACGGGCACGGCGUGUGCACCGGUCCCAAGGGCCAGGGCGAGUACUCCGGCUCAUGGCAUUACGGAUUCGAAGUCAGUGGCGUCUACACCUGGCCAAGCGGCAGCACGUAUGAGGGGCAGUGGCAGAAUGGCAAGCGACACGGACUAGGAGUGGAGAGCAGGGGGCGGUGGGUGUACAGGGGGGAGUGGACGCAGGGCUUCAAGGGGCGAUACGGCGUGCGGCAGUCCACCACCUCCGCUGCCAAGUACGAGGGCACCUGGGCGAACGGCUUGCAGGAUGGUUACGGCUCCGAGACCUACGCUGAUUCUGGCACAUACAAGGGCCAGUGGCUGCGCGGCCUGCGACAUGGGUACGGCGUGCGCACUUCAGCACAGUUCAGCCAGGCCUCCGUCAGCAGACCCAGGGCGGCCAACAACCGCGGUUCCACCACCUCCCUUCGUUCUGACGGCGCCGGGGAUCCCCUCGCCGACAGGGACAGAAAGGUGGACGAUGGCCGCGGCGGGUUCGUGCUGCGGGCGAGGAGUGACGAGGUGCCGCGGCGGAGGGGAAGCCUGGUGGAGAGCUCCAGCAAUAUCAAGAAAGUCCUUCAAGAUGGUGAGUAAUGCGUUUCCUUCCAGGGGCUGAAGAUGCGGCGCCAGAGAAGCACCGGUGACAUCCAGCAGGGCGGGCCCUCGGGCUCCAUCCCGGUCACAGGCUCCUCAGCUUCCUGGAUGUCCACGGAUUCGGGUCAGUCGGCGUACACGACGGGUGACGUGCACGACGAGGGCUCCAAUGCGUCCUUCAUCAUCGAGGACGAGCAGCUGGACGGCAACGUAGUGGAGACAUACACAGGUGAAUGGAAAAACGACAAGCGAACGGGUUUUGGCGUGUCUGAACGAACCGAUGGACUGAAGUACGAAGGCGAGUGGUACAACAACAAGAAGUACGGAUACGGCGUCACCACGUUUAAGGAUGGCACGAAGGAAGAAGGAAAGUACAAGAAUAAUGUCCUCAUUACUUCCAAUAAAAAGAAGCACGUGUUUCUCAUACGCUCCGCCAAAUUUCGAGAAAGGAUCGAUGCUGCUGUUGCUGCUGCCCAGAGAGGAGCCAAGAUUGCCAUGCAGAAGGAAGACAUCGGGAUAUCUCGAACCGCCACGGCUCGCGGGAAGGCUGAGCAGGCAGACAUUGCGGCGGCCCACGCAAGGAAUGACUCUGACAUGGCUCGAAUCUUUGCCAAACAGUACGCCCCAGACUUCCACCAGCCAGGCGUGGACGUGUUGAAGGCUCAGCUGGCAGCCCGUGGUGGACAGACUGACGUGAGCAAGCUGCCCCCUCCUCGAUCUCGUGAUGAAAACGCCGGCCCUCGCUCACAGUCUGUGUACGUGCGUGGCUCCGUGGACGACUACAUGGCCCGCGAGGAUGCCUUGGCCUCCCAGGAUAUGGAUGCUACCUCCGCUCCAUCAAGAGGCAACUUUGGCAAUUUUGGUACCGGGGAGCAGCUGGCUCAGGGUGAUUACGGCGGGAUGCCGUCCUCGCGACGCACCUCCAUGAACCCCGGCGAGGGGCGGGGCUACAACAACGCACAGCAGCAAUACCAAGAUGACGGCCUGAUGGGCAACGCCGUGGACCAGGCCCGCUCCUCGGUCCGCGGUCCGGCCAGGUCAGGAGGCAAAGGCGGCCCCGAGCAGCACAGCUUCUCUGCAGCUGUUAUGAACGACCGUUUCGACCACUACAACCGACCACCAUCCCGCGCCCCAUCCCGCGACAGGUCCGUGGACAGGUUUGCCUCCCGCGGCCAGACGCCGGUGCCAUCAGAGCUGAUCAAUCCGAGGUCCCGCGCACCAUCGGCCCAGCGCACCACUGCCCAGGACUGGACCCCUGACUCAGGCGUGUACGAGGACGAGGCAGUGGCGCCCAUCAGCGGCAGCUCCCGACGGUCGUCUCGGCCGCCCUCCAUCAUAUCGGGCGAGGCUCCUCCCCUCACAGGCAAUGGCUCCGUGGGUGGUGGAUUUACUGUACCCUACACCAUCCCGGCCACGCCACAGGAAGCUGAAAAAAUACUCCGACAGCGUGCAUGUGGCCAAGAGAUCCCGCCGUGUCCCCCCACACCGGGACAGGGCACUGUCAAGCGCACAGAGUCCCUCUACAUCAACCCCAUCGUGAGGCGUCAGGCACAGGUCAAGGCCGCCCCUCCAGCUGUAGCCCUGAAGAGGAAGAAGUCACUGCCUGACGCUCAGGCGCUGCCUGUUAACAUGAUGUCACGCGAGGAGGCGGCAGUGCUCAGCUCGGCUCAGAGACACGAGGUGCGUCGCCAGGCUGAGGAGGCGGCAGUGUAUCGCGCCAACCCGCUCCUCUACCUCACCAGUCCAGCUGUCCAGGACUGGUUCUCCCGACAGCGACUGGUCAUGCUCAUUCUCUUCCUCAAUUUGUCGCUGGCACUGAUGUUCUUCAAGUUGUUGUCGUAGCAGCCAGCAAGGCCGCGGGUUCUUCAGGUCGCUGUCCGAGCUGCCGCGUGAGAGCCGCGCCUGCCGCAGCCCACCCUCAGGGAGUGCCACAGCAGCAGCAACAGCAGCAGCAGCCUUGGGCACCCCAACAUGUCGGCCGCCGCCCGUGCCUUCCUCAGCAGACUACGCCUGCGUCCUGCCUGCUCACGUGUGCUGUCAGAAUCUCUAUUUUGUUAUGGUUCGUGCCACGUCCUGCCGCCCAAGUGUGAGCCGUCCCUUUUGUACCGCCGCCGCCGCCACUGGUGUCCUCGGGUGGCCAGUCCAGAGCCGUCGUGAAGCUCGGCUGGCUGCCUCGAGCUGACCCGUGCGGCCCGGGGCUAAGGAGGGGGUAAGGCAGGAGGAUAUAAGAAGAGGAGGAGGAGGGAGCCAACUCUCAGACUACAAGGAAGAUCAUGUGCAAACACUGACUGAGCAAGCUCUUGUCCCAUGUGGAGUGUUUUGGCUGUGCCUCAUUUCCUUCGUCACCUGACCACAGACUCACUACACCGGGGCCAUUGUAAAUUAUUGCAUCUUUUGCUACCACAGUGUGGCCUCCGCCAUCCUGACUCCCCAGGACUCGGGGUGCUGGGGGUCACUGGCCCCGGGCACCAUUUGCCGUAAUUGCAUAAUAGGCACUAGAUUUUCUACCCACCUAUGGUACUAUUUGUGAAGUUCAGUACAGAUUUAUACUAAUGUAAUUUCUAGUACAGGUUAUUUUUUUUAAUGUAUAAUUCUAUGCCUCAUGUAUCAGAGGUCAUAUUGACUUCUGUCUCGAGGAAUGUACAGUGGACGAGCGUCUGAACCACACUUGUCCCCUGAGAGCCUCGAGGAGACACCCGCUGGGCUGGCCGAGGACUGCGUCUAGGAUCCCGCCAGGGACCCCCUGGGUCCUGCCGGGAGCCUGACGGACCUCAUAGGGGAACAAGGCAUACAGGCACGCGUGCUGGUGCAGGACACACCUGGCCACUCUCGCCUAGCACAGGUGUGGCGGUGACACACGCGGUGGAGGUAACAACCGAUUUUGUUCCGCUUGGUAUUUUGACUUUUUACAAUCUCAAAAUAUAAUUUGCUGUUAAUUUGCUGCGUAAUGUUGAAAAUUCUGCACUAGUUAACCCGUACAGCGUCAGCCAACAUAUUAAUGUUUUGCAAUCCCUGUGCCGGCCAGUUAAGGCAUUCUAACUUUUUUGGCAGUAGUGAGUUCCUUAGGGCUUAAAACGAAGGAGAAAAUGCUAACGAGUUGUCGGUGUCUCAUGAGCAAUGGUGAGAGGGGCCCGGGCACCGCCAAGCAGGCCACACGGGCCGCCCGUCUGAGUGAGUGAGGAUUUCACGACCACGCGAAAGUGAGUGAAGAACAACUCUCAAUUUAUCAAACUUAUCAGUGGUGAAAGUUAAUUUUCCCCAUUUGCUAUGACAUUUUUAUUUAUUAUGUUCAAUUCCUUAUUAUUUUGCGCCUAAUCCUGAUGGUCAGGGUGACGUGGACAGGAGAAGACAGGGUGCCAGACAGAGACAUCCACAUGAUGGCCAGGAGAGUGUGGUGGGGAGGUCAGGCUCCUGCACACAUGCCACGCUGGUGGAAGGUGGAGGAGAAGGAGGAGGAGGAGGAGGAAGGGCGGGAGCAGUCUCAGCUCAUCUGUUGCCUCAGGGAGUUGCUAGUGUCUCAGUUAAUGAAUAGGAGCCCCCAGCACUAUACACACACUGUCACCAUGGCAACCUGGGUUAGUACAAGAUAUGCCGCUGGCAAAGGGGUGGGAAUUUUUGAAGGGUUAUCGUGUCAUAAGCUGCUGACGCUGUACGGGUCAAUGACCUUACACGCUCAUAAGCCAUCGUGCAGGGGCUCCCAGGGCCUGAACGCCGCGCCGCCUGGCCAGGAGUCAAGUAUUACAGUUUUGCACGCCUCCACCUGUUACUCAGCCCAUUAAUGCGAAUUUAGUUUUCAUAGAAAGCAGUUAGAUGUUAAUUUUGCUAAUUCCUAGUUUAGUGAAGUUGUUGGAAAUCAGUACAUCUAGUUUUGAUCUCCACCAGCCGCGGGGCCGCAUGCCUUGCUCACCAAGUUGUGUUCAGCUUGACUUGUGGCGCCGCUCGUACACACGCCCAACAGUGGUCCUGCAGUCUAUAAUACUUGUAUUCAACAUGUUUGAUAUAAAUGGCAGACAAGCAUCAGCAUCACAUGACCCGCCUCGCCACACUCCCGGGGAGACACCUCAGGCCCCACACCUCCUCGUGGCAUCAAGAGGUCCACGUCGCCUCGGCGGAGCUCUUCCUGUACACCAACGAAUCCUGUUUCGCUGCGUAGCAGAACGUUUAUCAUUCAUCCACAUUGCAUUGGUAAAGGCCAUUCCUGGCACCAACGAUGACCCCACACUGUUGUUUACAUUAUGUUGCUUACCAUUCCUCUCCCUUGUGAAAAUCGACACAAUACAAACGAGUGCCUUUUGCAUGAUGGUGAGAAAUUUCUCAGUCUGGGUGAAAUUCCACGUGUUGGCGGGGUCCUAUCUCGAGUUGGCUAAAUGUGAUUGCAAGGAACAGCUUUCGUAUAAGGUAACAAAAUUGAACAUUAAUUUUCUAGCCUUUUAGUCUCUAACGGAAGAUGAGAGGCGUAAGAAACCUUUCAGUGAGCCUGAGUUCCUCCACGCGGCGGCUCCUUGCCAUUACGCCCAGCAGAGUGGCGGUCACUCGGCGUGUGGGAAGCCAACAAUACCUUGCCUCGUGCCGCCAUGACGGCCCUGGUGUCCUCGCGUCAGUCACCAUGGCGGACACUGCAGGGCUGGUGUGCUGCGUGUUUGACCCAGUAUUACCACAGUCUGCUGCUUCCUUUUCCUUGAUAAGGAUUUUCUUUAAAUAAUGUAAUUUUGGGGCUCCGACAUGUUCAUCUUAUUGCGCCUUAAAAUAAUUACUGCACUACUUGUAACACAUAAACGAGUCUUGGUUUUUCUAUCGUAUUCCUUUGAUACAAUAUCGUGUCUGAAGUACUGCAUACCGUUAGGGCGAGUUGUAGAGUGCAAGUGGGGAGCGGCAAUGCGAGGCCAAACCUGACAACAGCCCCGCUUCCUCGCUGCUCUUUGCUCUCUUGGUUUCUUCCUCAGCCCCAGCACGAUUUAUGAACCUACUAGAGUCAUUCGUAAAGGUCACAGCCACAGCCUCACACAACACAAACGCGGGGCUGCGUACUGAAGCAGGCGCCUAACACUACACAGGCAUCUCUCACGAGACAUCAGUGCCACAAGUGCCGACUACAGAUAACUCAAGUAUGGCCCUCGAUACGGUGAAGGGAACACUGUCGCUUCUAAGGUUCCCGGUGAGGAGAAGAGGACGGUUGGCCAAGGCAGUACAUCCCCAGUUAGCGGCCACGCCUCGGGAGGAAAGCAACAUAGAGGGUUGUGUGGAGAAAAGAAAGAUUCAGCGAAGAGUCACGCGCGUCAUCGGCUACCCGAGUACAAGGUGGAUCUAAGAAUGUUCCCUAUGUGGCUACGUGCAGCAGCGUGCAACGCAGUGUAUUGAACAGUGCGAUCCCCACACAGACUAUAGUGUUGUUAACAGUUACACACUUGUUUUGACUUUUAUAAGAGGAAAUGGUGAUCAUAUGAAGGUUUCUUUUUAUGAGACAGGGAAGGUUGUUUUCCUGUAAGAGAAGGAAAAAUGUUUGCUGAAGGUGUUGUUCAAUGGUAAAAAAAAAAAGUGGUCUAAGGAAGGUUUUCUAAAGUACUGUUAUGUUUUCAUUCGCAUUCAUUCGAUAUGACAUAACUGUAUUGAAUGUAAUCAUGUGCAUACUUACGAGUAUGUCCACACUGCACAUUUCAUUUCUGAUCAGAGAAGAAUAUAAGAACUAAAUCAGACAUUGGAAACUUUUUACAUUUUCGUUAACCAAGAUGUACUGAUUAGGAUAUUCAACAGAGAUAUUUUUACAAGAAAUUAUAUUUGCUGAAGUGCGGAGUGGAGAGGUGUAAGAGUACAUGGUGGAAAUUUUCCUUCGCGCCCUUCUUCCCUCCCUCCUUCCUUCCCGUCUUGAUCUCGGCAGCCACGACCACCACCUCCCGCAUCCCUCGCCGGCCACCCUGGCAGCUCCCUCGGGCUUGAAAAAAAAAGAACAUGAUAAUAUUGAACUUGUUUUGUUUUGUGACCACAUUUGAGUUUGCACGAUCACAAGACAUCCCAUUACAUGUUAUAAAGACGAGGAUCACGUGUCUUAACGCAACUUUUCUUUCUUUUCGACAUUGGAAAUUUGGUACGUCGCAGCAAGUUUUGUAACCAUUUGCAUAUAUUUUCGUUUCAAUGCUUGUUUCAAAGUUCUAAUGUUUUCGCCCUGUCAGUCAUGAGCAUGUGCUUGUAUCUUUUCCCGUUGUUCCGUGCGUCGCCAGCGAGUGGGUCCCGGUCCGUGGUUACCAUCCCUCACUCCGGUCAUCACCCCACACACUCACCACCCAUCCACAUCACGCUGUCUUCACCCCACCCGUCCCCCGCCACCCAGGUCUUCAUCUCCACGUUCGUUCAGGGUUGGCUACUCGGUGGAGUCGCGGAGUCCACUACCCAGGUGGAGAGCUGAGGGGAGCUACAUCAUCUGAUAAGCCCUAUGCACUUUUACAAUGGAUUGGACAGUGGAGGCUGUGUGUGUGAAAUUGUUAAUACAAUGUUGUUCCUUUAAUAAAACCAAAACACUAA